GCCAGAUUAAGGUUCUGGUCUCGAGAGGGGCGUGGGUUCAAAUCCCACUCUUGUCACCAUUCUUUUUUUAUAUUUUACCCUUUUUUUUGGUGAUGGACGGACGCGUGAGUAAUAAUAGGCCACAAGAGGAAUUAUUUUGGGGUACGGAGUACAUUUUGCGGUCUUGGCCGUUCGUACCCCGCGAGGAACGAUGACGUCAACGGGAUUGUCGUCCUCACAGCAACCUUCAGAGUUGGCUUCGCCUAUGUCAUUUUCAUAUAUAACGACUGAUUUGAGCUUGGGUUUCCUCACCUAUCUACGGCAGGCUGAGCCACAGUAGGAGUUGGCGUAGCUAACUUUGUGGAAAGAUUGAAACCACUCUGCAAUAACCCUUGUUCAAUAAUCAUGUCAGCUGGGGGGUCAAGGCCAUUGGAGGGGAAGUUUGCAAUCAUCACAGGGGGUUCAAGGGGCAUUGGAGCAGCCACUGCCCAUAACUUGGCAUCGAAAGGCUGCUCACUUCUUCUCAACUAUACCUCCACUUCCUCAACGGAGCGGACACUCCAGCUCUGUGAAGAGUUGACCAAAGCCCACUCCAUCCGCUGCAUAAGUGUCCAGGCAGACCUCAGCGAGCCCACCGCAGCAGUCCAGAAAAUUCUUGCCAGUGCCCAAAACCACUUCACCAAUUCAUUCACCAACAGCUUAACCAUCGACAUCCUAAUCAACAAUGCCGGCAUCGGGGGCGAUAUCCGCCUCAACGACCCCGUUCGCGGGCCUAUCAGUGCGGAAUUCUUCCACCACAUGUACACCGUCAAUGUCCUGGCUCCCCUGCUCCUCACGCAAGCCGUGGCCCCUUACCUACCACAGGACCGAUCGGGGCGAAUUGUGAACCUCUCAAGCGUUAGUGCAAGCUUGGGCUUUGAAGGGCAGAGUGUCUACGGAGGGACCAAGGCGGCGAUGGAAGCCAUGACGCGGACGUGGGCGCGUGAACUUGGCGACCGCGCGACUGUCAAUGCCAUCAACCCGGGGCCGGUUAUUGGGGAUAUGUACUGGGAGGCAGGGGAGGACUUUUGGAAGACGAUGCAGGGCUGGCAGGACAACACGCCUGGCAGCAAGCUUGUGGUGGAUGAUGGGCUUGCGGGGACGGGUGCGGAGAGAUUGAGUGAGGAGAUUCAGAGGAUCGUGUGGGAGAAGAUGGGAGGGAGGAGGCCGGCUUUUACGGAUGAGAUUGCUGGCGUGGUGGGCAUGCUGUGCACGAAGGAUGGGCAGUGGUGUACCGGGAGCGUGGUAUGUGCUAAUGGAGGGUUGAGGAUGAGUAUGUGAUGCGCUGGAUAAAGGGUAUCUUUGUAAGAAAGGGUCAUAGAUCUAUCUAACCCUGUUGAAGCAUGGUUGAAGAAACAUGGGUUAAUCGAAAGGUAUAUGAUAUUGUAGGGAGCGAGUAUGCAUGGUUUUACAUCCAGUCCUUGAAUAAGUCCAUAUCUCGAAUAGUUUCUCAGCUGUACGGCUUUCGCCAAUAUUUUGUUUGUCUAGGACAACGUAUAGACGCGGCGUCCAUCAAGGGAGUCGACUCCGUGAAGGCUAUUGUACAGUAUAUAUCGCUUGUAGAUCUAGAAUUUGGAAUUUGAACCUUCGAAACGUUAACAUAACAUGCGAUAAUUCUUAAGUGGGAUCCUCACUAACUUAACUAAGAAAGGCCAUAU